AGUCGUGUCAGUGCUAUUAUCGUGUAGGCGUGAUGUUUUAGCCAGUUCAAGUGUUCAUAUUUCCUCAAUCUUUAAUUGAUUCCUGAUAAUUUACAUUUUAUAAAGCGACAUGUUCGGAAAGAAAGAGAAACCGAAACGUCCACCACGGCCUCCUGGUAGUCUUGAACAGUUCGGCAUUUUCGAGGUACCAAGAAGCUUAGAUGAGAUAGGUAACAAUUUUAUGGAUGGUGUCGAUGACGAUGAUUUAGAAGCUGAAUUGGCAGCUUUGACAGCUGGCGAUGAUGAAGUUGUCAAAUCUAAACGUGCACGUAAUAAACCAGUUCCUAAAGAGGAAUUUGAUGUGAUGAUAGCUGAGAGUCUGAAGGAUAUAAAUAUUGAAGAAGAGGUAUCGGAUGGAGAAGAUGAUCCAGACUUAUUGAGCGAACUGAAGAUGAUCACUGAGAAUGAAUCUUCAAAGGAAGUAUCUCCAGAUGAACCUCCCGAGAGCACAGAACAAUCAGAAACACAAGAGGAUGGCGCGUCCACAGAUAGUAUGACUACAUUAUUACAAGGAAGAUUAAGGCUAUAUCACAUAGCUGAGAGGAAGGCGAAAGAGAAGAAUGAUUCAAGCAAAGCGAGAAGAUACGCCAGGGGCAUUAGAACUCUGAAAGAAUUAUUGACUAACGCUCAGGCAGGGAAGCCUGUUGAUGAAAGUGUUAUACCACCGGAAUUACCUCCGCAUGCCACAGCCGACGAAUCAGAGGAACCACCGGAAACUCAUGAAGAACCGAAAUCUCCUACAGAACCAGCCACAGCGGCUGAGGUCGAUACCACUUCGCCUGUGGAAACUAAUACUGUCGAGGAACCUGCUGCUCCAAAAACGGUAGAUGAAGAAGCGUUACAAUUAUUAAAACAGAGGCAGCAGGAAUAUAAAAUAGCAGCGGUGGCAUGGAAAAGAGCUGGGAACAUGAAAGAGGCUCUGCAAUGCGUAAAUGUAGCGAAGCAGUUUGAUAUGGUUAUCUCAGCGGUAAACGCCGGGGACACGAUCGACUUAUCAGACAUGCCGCCGCCUCCAAAUACUCCAGAAUCAAAUGCCGCUGCGCCGACAGUUGAGAAACCGGAAAAGACAGAAAGCGAAACGCAAGGGCAGUCCUCCGAGAAUACAGUACCACCAGUGGAAACGAAAUCAGCUGGUCCCGAGGAUUUAGGAGCUGCUUUAAAGGAACGACUCGAGGUAUGCAGGAGGAUAAAGGCGACUGCCGAGAGCGAGGGUAAUGCUUCGAAAGCUCGUAGAUACGGGCGUAUUUGCAAACAAUUCGAAGACGCUAUCAAAUUGCAUACUCGCGGGAAACCUGUUCCUAUCAGUGAAUUACCUACUCCGCCUGGAUUUGAACCUCUUACGGUUGCACCUGCUCCGUUACCGGAUACGAGUGAAAAGCCUUCGGCGCCAGUGCCAGAAAAUAAACCACAGUCCGAACCAUCCGAAAAUAAAAGGCCGAAGGCUCCUACUCCACCUUCGAGAACACAAAUAGGAAACCGCCCGAAUCAAAAGUCGCGCGCGGAUAAACAAUUAGCUUUGUUGCAACAACGUCAGCACGAGUUGAAACAAGCCGCGCUUAACGCGAAGAAAGAAGGGGACAUAGAACUGGCUCGUAAUUAUCUGAGAGAAGCGAAGAGGAUGGAUCCGUUGAUCGAAGCUUCUAUGGGCGGCUUGCCCGUUGAUAUGAAUUCCAUUCCACUAUCACCGAAAUCGAAAGAUGAACUUACCGCGGAGAGCAUAGGUGUGUCGGAUGAUGGGUUUACAGUUGUAAGCUCGGAAGAUUUAGAUGAAGCGAGCGGAACGGAUGAAGAAAUCUACGAAAAUCUUGGCGCACAAUUAAUGAAACAAAUUAAGUCGUGCUUAUGUACGAGAGAUCAUUGCAAGGCGUUGGGCGAUGUGCCGGGGUACAAUAAAUGGGAGCGACUUGCGUUGAAUUAUAAACGGGAUUUAGAUAUGUUAAGGGUUCGAAAGCGCGACGCAUUGCCACCGCCGCAGCAUCACUACGAGACGAAGACCCAUACGAUGGUUCAGAGUUGUACAGAUUUAAGCGACACAGAUAUAGAAAUUUCUAUAAUAAGGGGCGUGAAUUAUCCAAAGGAUGCUGACACUUACGUCAUGUUCGACUUUCCUUAUCCUUCAGACAAUCCUCCGUCGGAUCGGACGGCUACUGUUAAAGGAACAUCCAACCCAGAGUAUCAAGCAGUAUUUUCAUUGACUAUAGACCGGACAUCGAGGCCGUGUCAACGAGCAUUCAAGAGGCAUGCGUUGAAAUGCCACGUUUGGUCCAAAGGAUGCUCGCUGAAUCCCAUCCUGUGUUGCACUAAUCCAAGAGGAUUCUUUAGAAGCGACAGUCUCUUAGGUACGGUGACGGUGAAGUUACAGCCUCUCGAAUCACAGUGUGAACUUCAUGACUCGUUCCCGGUGAUGGAUGGAAGGAAACCGACAGGCGGCAAGCUUGAGAUAAAAAUACGAUUGAGGAAUCCCAUUGUAACGAAACAGAUAGAAAGCAUUACAGAAAAAUGGUUAAUGAUUGAUUAUUAAUUAAAUAUUAUCGAGCAGUACCGUUGAUGCCUUUGCUAAUACGAUCGGAGUAUGUCGUUUCGCUUUAAUAGUAACUUUAUUCCACCUGUAUAUCAACGAAAUAAUUUAUAUAAUAUAUAACGAAUGUCUAGGCUUUAUGGAGUAAUAUACCAUUCAAAAAAAUUAUGGAAUUAGGAUAUUUG